ACUCCUUUCUUAUCUGGACAGACACACCUCUCUUCUUUUUCAACUACAGUUUCCUCUUCUCAAUGGCAGAAACAGCUCCCACUCUACCACAGAAGAUCACAACCAUUAAAACAAUAGCUGAAUCACCUGGGCUCACCUCCAUUCCCUCCAUCUACUCCUUCACCCCUAAUCCCCAUGAUCAUGUAGUUUCAGAUACACAAGUGUCGCUUCCUGCCAUUGAUUACUCUCUUCUCACUUCAGGAACUCCUCAGCAACGUUCCAAAGCCAUUGAUGACCUUGGCAAAGCCUGCAAGGAUUGGGGUUUCUUCAUGGUGAUCAACCAUGGAGUCCCAGAGAGACUGGUGAGAUCAAUGAUUGAUGUUUGUAGAGGAUUCUUUGAUCUCCCUGAAGAGGAGAAAGAAGAGUACAGAGGGAAGCAUGUGUUGGAUCCAAUAAGGUGUGGAACCAGCUUUAAUGCUUCAGUUGAUGAGGUUUUCUUUUGGAAGGAUUUUCUCAAGAUUAUUUCGUGGCCUGUGUUUCACUCUCCCAAUAAACCUGCAGCGUUCAGUGAGACUUCAUUAGAGUACUCCACAAGAACUAGAGAAAUAGCAAGAGAGCUGCUAAGAGGAAUAUCAGAGAGCCUGGGAUUGGGACCCAAUUAUAUACAGAAGGCAAUGAACUUGGAACAAGGUCUACAAGUGAUUGCAGCAAACUUCUAUCCACCUUGUCCACAGCCAGAAAUUGCAAUGGGCAUGCCUCCUCAUUCAGAUCAUGGCCUCUUAACGCUCCUAAUUCAUAAUGGAAUCAGUGGACUUCAAGUGCAACAUGAAGGGAAGUGGGUCAACGUAAAUGGCAUCCCUAACUCCAUUCUAGUUAACAUUGGAGAUCACCUUGAGAUUUUAAGUAAUGGAAAGUACAGAAGUGUUCUACACAGAGCUGCGGUGAACAACAAAGUUACAAGAAUAUCCAUAGCCAUAGCACAUGGACCAUCACUGGAUACAGUAGUUAGCCCAGCUCCAGAGUUAUUAGAAAGUGAAAAGAAGGCAGCAGCAUAUACUGGCAUCAAAUAUAAGGACUACUUGCAACUUCAACAAAGCAGCAACCUUGAUGGGAAAUGUAACUUGGACAGAAUUCGAAUUUGAGCUGUUUCAUUAAAAUAUUUUUAAGACUGUUUGGCAUGA